AUGUCACGGAGGGAGGGGAAUCUAAUUAUCUUGAACGCUUCCCCAGGUUUCGGUCAGCCACAACAACAACAGCAGCAGCCUUCGGCGUUUGGUGGAUUUGGACAACCGGCACAGCCUACUCCGUUCGGUGCAGCGGCCGCUGGUAACCCAGGUAUGCAAUCCCCGAGUGCCUUUGGGACCACGCAGAAUGCCUUCGGCGCUGCCCCCGCGCCCGCAUUUGGUGCCGCUCCCCAAACAAGCUCCGUUUUCGGCGCGGCUUCUACAGCUCCCAGCACAGGAUUCGGUUUCGGUGCAGCUUUAGGAGGGUCAGCGUUUGGGCAGAAGCCUGCAACCACUGGGUUCGGUGGUUUUGGAGCUGGGACGACUGGAGCCGGCUCGGCCUUUGGGGGUGGUGCACCAGCGUUUGGAGCUCCUGCCGCGCCCGCUGCUACGGGGUUCGGAGCUGCUCCUGCUGCAGGAAUGUUUGGCGCUGCUGGGGUCGGGGCUCCAACGAAUUCCCAAAUGAACAACGGAACAGGGAACCCACAGUUUCAGGCUCCAUUGGACGAUGAGACUACGGUUGCUCCUGGGACUAGACCGGGCUCCAUCAAUGCCAAAGGCUUCCUCAUCAACAUAUGUGCUAUGCAGGCCUAUAAAGAUUGGUCGCAGGAGGAACUUCGGUGGAGAGAUUACGAGCUGGGAAAAAAAUACGGUGGUGGAGGAAUGGCGGCUGGGGUAACAGGCUUUGGGGGAGGUUUCGGGUCCACUACCACGGCAGGCGGAUUUGGGGCUCCUGCAACCUCAGCUUUCGGAAUGCCCGCAGCGACAACGGCUAGCGGUGGCCUUUUUGGGUCGACUGCUGCACCUGCUUUUGGGGCGCAAACUCAGGCUCCUUCCUUCGGUUUCGGACAACCUGCCACAACGCAAGCAUCAGGUCUAUUUGGCGCAACGUCGCAACCCGCUAAUACAGGUCUCUUUGGACAAACAACGUCUGCGUUUGGGCAGCCUUCCACUACUUCCGCCUUUGGGCAACCAGCAAGCGGGUUCGGGGCACAGCAGGCAAAGCCCGCUUUUGGUUUCGGUGGUGAGUGGCUUCUCCAUUCUGGAUCGAAAGCGGGACUGCGGGAACUGAAUUUACUUUCUAUAGCUCCUGCUGCCUCGACUUCGGCGUUUGGCUCUACACCGGCAUUUGGACAGCCCACCUCGACGGCCGGAGGCGGUCUUUUUGGAGCUGCACCAGCUUCCACCGCUGGCUUUGGUGGGUUUGGCUCGUUUCCAGCGUCAACAGCUGCACCCACACCUUUCGGACAACCGGCACAGACUCAAGGAGCCUUUGGGGGAUUUGGAACGUCCCAGCCUGCGCAAACUGGGUCACUGUUUGGAGCUCCGAAACCAGCGUCAAGUGCUGCUACCACCGGCCUGUUUGGGGCACCAGCGGCCACCCAAAGCAUUUUCGGUGCGCAGUCACAACCACAGCAGACAGGCUCUCUCGUUGGCGGCACAAGUCAGGCCUCGGGCGGAUUUGGAUUUGGUCCCCAAAAUGCUCUCAACACUGCAGCGUCUAAACCAGGUAUUCUAUUCGGCCAGUCAACAGGAGGCGGAUCUCUCUUUGGUGCACAGUCGGCUCCAGGGGGAGGGUUUGGUAUUUCCACAGCACCCGCCGGUGGGAGCUUGUUCGGUGGAGGUUUGACAACACAGCCUCUCGGUUACAAUGCCAACUUGGCAAAUAUGCAGCAGUCUGCCAACCUACGGGCUAGCAUCGAUCGGAACCCAUAUGGUGUGAAUCCGAUCUUCGAGUCGCCAGCUAAGAAGACAGAACCCUCUCUGCUCCCCGUCGAAGAAAAGAAGAAGGCCCCGGUGUCGCCCUACGUCAAAGUCAGCGCUCGCGAAGCUUCUAACAUCAAACUUCGAAAGCUCCGCGGAUUCAGCCCACCUCGCACUGCAAAAUCUCCGAGCGUUACUGGAGCAUCUAGAUAUGAAUCGGCAAUAGGGAAAUCCAAGGACGAUGGGCCCAUUGGUCUGGAUCCUCGUUUCACGCCCAGGAAAAACGUCCGACGGCUGAUAAUCGAAGAGCCCUCGGAGAAUGAAACAUCGUUCUCUCCGGCCCAGACCCCAAUCGGCAAGGGCAAGUCAUCUGUGGCACGGAAGGGUGUAACGUUCAACCCAUCCCUUGAGACGGAAGCAUCUGGAUAUGCUGGACUCAACUCCGGAGGCUCCGCUCGACGAAACGGGAGCCCUAGUCCAGGUCCAGGAUCCGUGCCGGCCACUCCAACCCCUCCGAGUCGAAAAGUCAAUGCAACGCCAUCGCCAGCGCGGUCUUCUGGGGAUGGUGUGAAGCAGCCCGUCAAGUAUGUCCUGAGCCCCAGCCUCAAGCAGCUGUACCAGAUGGAAACAGAAGAGCUACGCGCUGUGAGCAACUUCCGAAUCUCCGUGGCUGACAUUGGAUACAUUCAAUGGUUAGAGCCUGUAGACCUGAUCGAAGCGUCGCCAACCGGAAAUAGGAGCGGCCUCGACCAGAUUGCAGGCAACAUUGUCAUACUAGCCCCGAAGCUGGCCAACGUCUACCCCGAUGACAUCACCAAGCCGCCUGUUGGGAUGGGUUUGAACGUUCGCGCUGAGAUCGCACUCGAGAAGUGUUGGCCGGUGGACAAAAGUACCCGUGAAUUCAUUCUCGAUCCAACGGAUCCUCGUCAUGACCGGCACAUGAAGAAGCUGGAGAAUAUGCCGGACACGGAAUUCCUUGGGUAUCACAACGAGACCGGCACGUGGAAAUUUGUUGUGCAGCAUUUCAGUAAAUACGGACUAGACGAAGAUGAUGAGGACGACGAUCCGGGCGCUGCGCAGGCAGUUCAGCGAACGCGUUCUUCUCACAACCCGGAAGCCGCCAACCUCGCGUCCCCGCAAAUGUACAACAACGAGAAUCCUUUUUUUGAGCAAGCCCAGGUUGGAUCAUACAAGGGUCAAACCAGCCUGGGCAGUUCCAGCUUCAACCCACGAGUCUCGCGUACGCCUUCCACCAGCACACCAUUGAAGAACCAAAGCUAUGGAUUGAUAGAGGAUGAUGAGGACGACUCAUACGAGAUGGACGAUGCCAGUGGCGAGAUUCUGCAGAAUGAUGAAGAAGAGGACCAGCAGGAAGAGGAGUUCGUUGAGGUCUCGGAUGAGAAUGAAGAAGAUGAUGGUUCGGAAAAGGACGAGGGCGCAACAUCGGCUGAGCUCGCGAUGAAAAGCUUCGGUGCUCGGUCCGCUGGUGCAGAGUCCGUAGGCCGUUCAAGAACCAUGCGACACAGCCCCGAGCCAACCGAAGAACACGAGCGCGAUCCGGAGUCCUCAAGUCCCCAUCGGAAAGCCCACACAGUGCAGCAACUCGAAGUCGCACAUGGUGUGCAGAGAAUGAAGUCGUCGCUCUUCGCCAGCUCCGCCCCGCCAAAUCUGCCUCAAAGGCCUAGGACGCCUGCGCCUGCCAAAAGGGUGGUCCAGUUCAACUUGACGGAUGCGCAAGAUGCACCAGUCCGUAGUGCCCUCCAAAGUAAUUUCGGAGCGGCGGCCGACCGGGGUACUCACAAACGAGGACAGACUGAAGAAGCAGAGACCCUGGAUAUCGAUGACGAUGACACGGAUACUCGUAUCGAAGCCCGGUCAGGGUUUGAGACCUCUCGCACUGCGAAUUCUCAACGUGGAUUUGGGUUACAUACGCCGGCGGACGCGAGUACCAUCGAUGCCAACCUUCCUUUAAACGUACAGAGAUCGCCAAAAAAGUACCAGCGAGUCAACGCCAAGAUUUUACCUCCUUACGACAGCAGUAUAACUUAUGGGAAGGAGCGGCAGCUUAUGGAUAAGGGGCUCAUGAUGGGAAGAGGGUCUCGUGUUGGGUGGGGACCUGGCGGCGUGCUUGUCGUUAUUGGCACCUCGCUCGGGAAGGUCAGCUCCUUUUCCAACAUCUCCAUCAAGCGGGUGAAUAUCUGUGGAAAUCUGGACGAAGACAAGUUGGAAGUCGAGAGGGAGAAGCACACGGAGUUGUUGGAAGUUACUUUGAAGCACGCGUCGAUCGUAAAGACUGUCACGGGGUCCGAGCCUAUUGGAGCCUGGCAGGACGAUAUGGAUGAUGGUGAAAGCCAAGAAGGGACCCCGAAACUCACCGUUAUCCCAAAAGCGAGUCUGGACCCGCAUUUGAACUUUGCGAGCUUUGUCGAUCUCGUCACUGCUGUGCCGGUCACGAAUGCGUUCGGCCAAACCCGGGCGAGGACCUUCAGCGAGGAGGAAUCAAUGACGUGGAAGCUUGCACAAGCGCUCUGGGAUCCCAUUGACGUCCCGGAAACAGGCGACCAUCACACAGAAGCACUCAUCGAAUCGGCCUUGAGACGCGAGGAAGUUAGUAAAUGGCUGAGAGGCACAGUGAAGAGACAAACCGACGCCGACGUUUCGCAAGCCAGUGGCGCAGAGAGAGUGUUCGUGCUUCUCGGUGGACGGCAGGUUGGCGGCGCCAUCACCGCCGCGAUUCAGAACCGAGAUCUCCGCCUCGCAUCCAUUCUUGCUCAGCUUGGCGGUCCCAGUAGCCGUGUGCUGACAGGGAAGGGAAGCCGCGAUCAGCCUUCGGCAAGUGGCCAUGGUAUUCCCGGUCGCCAUGGUACCAACGAAGUGGUCCUCAAAGCCGUCAGCGACCAGCUCGCCGUGUGGGAACAUGUGGAGCGGAACAGGAUGAGCGGGGUCACCAAACCCUACAUGCGAUUGUGGAACUUGGUGGGCGGACAACCUGAACGUUGGGGGAAGGAGAUAUUUGAGCGGCUACCGGAUUGGAAGCGGAAUUUUGGGUUGUACUUUUGGUACGCGGACGGGGGAGCUAUGCCCAUCCACGCUGCCGUUGGUGCUUACGAGAACGGUGCAGAGGAGCUGUCCUAUGUCGCUCAGCCUGCACCAGCUUACCUUGGAACGUCAAGAUCGAGCAUCCCGCGGGACGUUGAAUCGAACAAGUCGCCAAGAGAUAUUUGCUUCCAUCUGCUGAAGCUGUUCAGUCAGAACGACCAUCUGCUCGAGAGCGCUCUGAACCCGCUUAAUAUCACGCCUAAUCCGCUUGACCACCGCGUGACUUGGCUUCUGUGGGUCAUGCUCUCCACCGUGAAGAGAGUGCGCACUGCUGCCGACUCUAGAUUACAACAGAUCCGUUUCCAUCAGGAGGCGUGCCGGGACGACGACAUGGACGACGACGACAGUGAAGAUAGCGAACAUCAAAACGAGGCCCUCUCCGUCGCCACCGCAGACAGGCUCACCCGCGACUUCAUGGCACAGUUAGAGGCUCUCGGAUUAUGGAAAUGGAGCAUCUUCGUCGCCUUGUUCCUCGGUCGAAAGUCUGGCCGCGAACGUGCUGUCCGCGAGUGCCUGGCCCGUCACUAUCCACUGGAUGACGACAGUGGCAGUUGGGUCCGGUCCAUCGCCGGUAAAGAACCGCCAUCGCCCGACGCGAACUCGAUGGAUGUCGAUGUGCAGCAACCUAGUGCUAUCGAGGCCUCAAAGGGAUCAGAGAUCUGGCGCUUCUUGGUCGACACGUUGAAGAUUCCGGAAUUGUGGAUACACGAAGCUCGAGCUUUGGCGGCAAAGUAUCAUGGCGACCCUGUGCAGGAAGCCAUUUGCUUGAUUGAUGCGCAAGAAUAUGUUGUUGCUCAUCGCGUCAUUCUGGCGAAGAUUGCGUCUCAAGAUAUUCUUGAUGAACACUAUCAGGAGCUCAAAUCCCUCCUCGGCAAAAUACCCCCGGACUCGAUCGACAAGCGCUCAUGGUCUCAGGGCGGGAAACUCCUGUUAGCUUACAUUGAUAUCAUGAACAGCGUGCCGUGGGUCUUGGGGCAAGCUCGUGAUUACUCU